AUGGGCAGAGGGCCUUCACAGACUUCAGGCAGCGGGGAUUCUAGAGGAGAUGUUUUACAGAUGGAGGAAGGAGGACGGAGGCAACAAGCCAACGUCUGCUUGCCUGCUAUCUGGUACAUCACCAAGGUGACAGCAGCUGGCAACGUGGAUGCAGCCAGCCAAGGCCCCAUGGAAGUUGUGCUUCUCAAGCACACCCUGGAUGUCUGGGUCACUGUCUUCAGCAUCCUGGCCAUCGUCAUCAUGACGUCCUCGUUGCUAUGCCCAGGCACUGCAGUCAUCAUCUAUCUCAUGCAGACCCAUCGGGUCUUCAGUGGGGCUGUCCACCAGCCUCCCAAGAGGGCCAGGUGA